AUGGCCCAGCCCAAUGCAGAGCCCGUCGAGGAAUAUGACUAUGAAUCGCUACCUCCCAACUUUUCCCUCGUGCAGAACAUGGCUGCCGGGGCGUUCGCAGGCAUAGCGGAGCAUACUGUCAUGUAUCCCAUUGACGCCAUCAAGACCCGAAUGCAGGUCCUUAAUCCCAACCCCUCGGCUGUCUACAAUGGCGUCAUCCAAGGUACCUACCGCAUAGCCAGCCGCGAGGGUUUCCUGAGCUUGUGGAGAGGCAUGUCCAGUGUUGUUGCCGGCGCUGGUCCUGCUCAUGCUGUUUACUUUGCUACUUACGAGGCUGUCAAGCAUGUUAUGGGGGGCAACCAGGCCGGUGUUCACCAUCCCUUGGCUGCCGCGACCAGUGGUGCCUGUGCUACGAUUGCUAGCGAUGCGCUGAUGAAUCCCUUCGAUGUCAUCAAGCAGCGCAUGCAGAUCCAGGGUUCGGCCAAGAUGUACCGCUCCAUGACCGAUUGCGCCAAGUACGUCUACAAGACGGAAGGACUGGCAGCCUUCUACGUUUCCUACCCGACUACCCUCUCCAUGACGGUGCCUUUCACCGCCCUUCAGUUCCUCGCAUACGAAUCCAUAUCCACGGCUAUGAACCCGAGCAAGGGAUACGACCCCACAACACAUUGUUUGGCAGGUGGUGUUGCUGGUGGAUUUGCCGCCGCCCUGACUACACCCAUGGACGUUAUCAAGACGAUGCUUCAGACUCGAGGAACAGCCAACGACCCCGCACUGAGAAACGUCAACGGAUUCAUGGCCGGCUGCCGUUUAUUGUACGAGCGUGAGGGCUUCCGCGGCUUUUUCAAGGGUGUGCGCCCCCGUGUCGUCACCACCAUGCCCAGCACGGCCAUUUGCUGGUCCGCCUAUGAGGCUUGCAAGUAA